AUGCCUCACGCCCUCCCACGGGAGCCUCCCUUCGACUUCUACGCCUCGGCCGCUCGCUCCAUGCCAAAGCUCGACGCUACCAUGCAGCUUCCCUACCCCAGAAUCACAAACAGCCAUGACCUCGAUCCGCUGAGGACAGCUCCCAGAGCAACGCCGCUCACCUCGCCCGGGCCCCCAGGCUCAGCGGUGAGGGUCGUGUCGUUGCCCUCCAGUCAGGGUGCCCGACCCCAGUAUGGCUACCAGCUACCUGCAAUUGGCAACUCGAGAUCUGUCACAGCCCAAAGAAGCCCCAGCCCACAAAGUCAGCAACCACAGCCUUCCCAAGACGUCAUGCAGACUCCGCGGAAGAGAUAUUCCAUCUCGCCAAAUCUCCGAAUACCCGCAACUAUCAGUACACCACAGGAGGGCUUGCCACAGUUGGCAGCCGAGGUUACAUGCCUCUUUUGGUUCGAGAGCUCGACAACUCUCAAGCAGGUGGUGGAUAUGACCUCACCACGCCAGGCCAUCCAGCCCCUCGUCCCCGACGCACACCCCACGACCGGAUUCAGGAAAUGGGUAGCAACGAUCUUGACAACUACUCAGGUAGCCCAGAAUGUCAUUCUCUUGGCAUUGCUCUUCAUCUACAGAUUGAAACUCACCAACCCCACGGUCAAAGGAAAGCCCGGCAGCGAGUACCGUCUGCUGACCGUAGCGCUCAUGCUCGGCAACAAGUUCCUCGACGACAACACGUAUACGAACAAGACGUGGGCUGAGGUCUCGGGCAUCUCUGUUCAAGAAGUUCACAUUAUGGAGGUUGAGUUCUUGAGCAACAUGCGGUACAGCCUAUUCACAUCAAAGAAGAAGUGGGAUGAAUGGCACACAGUCUUGGGCAAGUUCGGCACCUUUUUCGAUCGCGCGUCCAAGAUGCCUGCCUCCAGUGCCGUGAGCCCUGUCGCACAGCCCACACCCUCGUUGGCUAUCCCGUCAAACUUCGCCCCCUCGCCGCCCUCCAAGCAGCGAACCUCCCCACCCACCUCCAUGAUGUACUCGCCCAGUCAUCUCGCUUUCUCAAACACACCACUCCUGCAGCCCCAGGCUACGUCUACUACAGUCUCUCCGAUUGGCGCUCUCCCAGAACUGGGUCCUAUCGUACAACGCAAGCGGAGUACCGAUCACAGCUCUGAGCCACCACCAAAGCGACAGUCUCAUGGAUUCACCCCUGGACCAUACAGCAACGCUCCCCUUGUCUCUACCCUGCAGACGCCGGUAAACAGAUCGUUCGAACCACCACCCUCCAUGAACCGACUCCCCCCUCUACCGAGUCUUUCAAUACCUCCACCGCAGCACAUGCCGCCUACGCAAGCUAAGAACUGGUCGGACCUUCCCAUGCCCAUUACCGGCGGCCGUUCGAUGGCCAUGGUGUAUCCGCCUCCAGUCCAAUGGCAGCAGCCCAUCAGCACCCCGACUUCGACGGAUACACCCCUCUUCCCUAAUAACUACACGCCAACCACGGAUCGAUCUCGUCAAAUCAGUCCAUACCCACCUUCGGCUGGUUCCUCGCCCGUGAGCGCUUCGUUCCCAUCAUCCAGCUCGAGGCAGUUGUCGCCAUCAUACUUUCUCAGCCAGCGCCAAUCCCCGUACCGUCCAGUUCGCGGGGUUCAUACGCUACUGGUGCCGCCACCACAGACAUCGAUUCACAACCCUGCGAGAAAUAUAGCAUACGAUCAGAUGCAGUACCAGCCUUUAGGACGACCCAUGACCGAAUGUCGGACUGGCUAUCUACCGUACAUGGAUCGCAGCGCUUGGCCAGAGAACAACCAGUUCAACCAACUACCGAUUCCUCAACAACCGAUUUUCCGUUAA